UUUUUCAUUCUUCUUGACCGUGUCUCAUUAAAUAAGUAAGGUUGAAUCCUUUAUCUGGUUAAAACAUUUCUCCGUUGUUUUCUGGGGACGUGACAUUGCCUUGCCCCUGCGUAAGAUUUUAGCGAGUCCUCCGCCUGAGAAUUCUCUUUUUAUCGAAGGAUCCUCAUCUGGGUUUUCAUUCUCAGCUGGUGAUUCUUCAAAAUUUCUUCAUUUUCAGAAAGAUGGGCCGUGUGCAACAAGUUUGUGAAGAUACAAAUAUGACGGUUGAAACAACGGAGAAGUGCAAAGUGUGUUAUUCAAAGGAAGGGAAAGGGAAGAAAUUGUGGAAAAAAGUUAAGUAUCAGCUGGUGGAGUACCACUCAUUGCCUGGAUAUUUGAGGGACAAUGAGUAUAUUGUGGGCCAUUAUAGAUCAGAAUGGCCAAUGAAGCAAGUUUUGCUUAGCAUCUUCAAAAUUCACAACGAGACUUUAAAUGUUUGGACGCAUUUGAUUGGGUUCUUCAUUUUCCUUUCCCUUACCAUAUACACUGCAACGAAGGUUCCAAAGGUUGUUGAUCUUCACUCUCUGCAGCAUAUUCCUGAUGUAUUGAGAAAGGCUGAUUUACACAAACUACAGUCAGAACUAAUCACAUGCCUGCCUUCCUUGCCAAACAUGCCCAAUUUGCACAAACUUCGACAGGAGUUAAAGACUAGUCUCCCUUCAAUGGAUUUAUUUCCAUCACUCUCGGGUUGGCAUGUUCUGGAACUUCUGUAUAACUGUUUACCUGAGUGUUUCUCCAGUGGGAAUCACACCGAUGUUUGUGUUCUGCAAAGUGUGAAGGAGGAUGUGGCAAACAUAGUAGCACCCUUGAUGGGGAGACCAAUAACACGAUGGCCAUUUUUUGCCUUCUUGGUUGGUGCAAUGUUUUGCUUGCUAGCUAGCAGCACAUGCCACCUCCUCUCUUGCCACUCUAAGCGCCUAUCAUACAUCAUGCUCAGGCUAGAUUAUACUGGGAUUGCAGCUCUCAUAUCUACUUCCUUCUACCCUCCUGUGUAUUACUCCUUCAUGUGUGACCCAUUCUUCUGUAACCUCUAUUUGGGAUUCAUAACCAUCUUGGGAAUCGCAACAAUCUUGUUUUCCUUAUUACCAGUGUUUCAGAAUCCCGAGUUUCGCACUAUUCGUGCGUCCCUCUUCUUUGGCAUGGGCAUGUCUGGGAUUGCACCUAUUCUUCACAAGCUUUUCUUGUUUUGGAACCAGCCUGAGGCCCUUCACACAACCGGGUAUGAGGUUUUGAUGGGGCUUUUCUAUGGUAUUGGAGCUUUGGUCUAUGCCACAAGGAUUCCGGAGCGGUGGAAGCCUGGAAAAUUUGACAUUGCUGGGCACAGCCACCAACUUUUUCACAUCAUGGUUGUGGCUGGGGCAUACACUCAUUAUCGUGCAGGAUUGGUUUACCUCAAAUGGCGGGAUCUAAAUGGCUGUUAAAGAAGUGUUACUAGACAAUAAUUGGUUAGUGAAGGAGUUCCUCUGUUUGUAAGUUCUUUCUAGUUGGAACGAGGUAGGUGUGCAACAUAUGGAUGCAAUGGGAAUAUGUUGUAACCCAUUGUCACAAAUAAGUCAAGAACGAUCCUGUUUUAAUAUAAAUAUGGAAUAUAAAAGUCCAAAUACCUGUAAGUUUCUUGCACAUCAACUAUAGUAGGAUCUUAGGUUGCAUGUGGACGGAGACCAGAGCAUUGUCCAUGUUUCUGAGCUUCUAAAAA